CUGCCUCUUGUGUUCUUACUUUUUGAGGCAGCUAAAGCCUACACAGUCAACCCUCAUCAACGAGCCAACACCCACUCACCCAGUGUUUUUGCAUCCAAUUUCUUACAAUUUUCUUCAUAACCCUACAUCAGAUAGGGAGAGAGACCAGUCCAUGCUCUUUCAUGCGCCAACAGCAAUUAGAAUAUUUGAAUAAAGUGGGGAUCUUCACAGUUUAAUCGGAUUUUCCUUUUACAGGGUAGUCAUGCCAGGCCCAGGUCCUCACAUGAUGUAUGCGAUGGGAUCGGGGUUGGGACUUAUGCGAGUUUCUAAUGGCCGAUUCAACGCCCACCACAUCUUUACUUACACCAUUAACGCCUUCUUUGGUCCUGACAUCGGCUCCUUCUCUGAAUGGCUCGGCUCCUUCUUCUCUGACUCCUUCGGCUCCGCUAUAGCCGAGGCCAUUCACCACCCUUUUUAUUAUAUCUUGAUUCUUGGCUUUCCAAUGUGUAUUCUUUAUUCUUGGCUCUCCAGGUUUUUGCUAUUUAAUGGACUUCUUGAUUCCGUUUCUGGGGUGCCUCUGUCAAGGAGGCAGUGCUUCUUGUUGGUCUCUGCUGGUUCUUUAUCUCAUUUUUUCCUUGACCAUUUAUUUGAGGAAAAUGGUCAGUCAAAAAUGUAUACUUGGAUAUUGAGCACUGGUUGGUGGGAGGGUCGAGCACCUAUAAACCCAGAUUCUGUAUUUGUUGUUGGCUUCUUGUGCACUUGCUUAAUUGGUGGCUUCAUUUAUAUACACAGAGUAAAGCCUGUAAAGUCAGCUAGAGAUCAAUCUGUUCAGUCAUUGAAACUAAUGUUGAUUAUAGCAAGCUUGUAUUGCUUAUGGUGUGCUAGCCAGAUAUACUGGGUGAGUCCUCGUCGAGCACCUGUUGGUGAAGAGGCUGAUCUUGGAGUUCUUAUAUUUAUGGCCAUUUAUUUCUUUGUUCCUCAUUGUUUGUGUAUAAUGUCCACAAAUCUUAAAGAUCUUGACACUGAGCCACUUCCUCUUUAACACAUUAUUCUUGUUAAGGUUUGAGAAUCUCACUGUUGUGUGUAGUUAUCCUGAGGCAGGCUAAAGACUUCAGUUUGUGCAAACAGUGUGUCAAUUCUGAAGCAUUACUGCUAUUGCCUAUUGUUCUACUGUGUAGAUGGUUAGGUAUUCUCCUUGGAUUAUCAGUGUAGUCUUUUCUAGCAAAGAAGGAAUACUUAUAGAUUUUACUGUUUGGUCUAGUUGGCUUUUGUAGUUUGAAACACAGCAUCGAAGGAGUAAAAUUAAUCCCUAUUCAUGGUC